AUUGUUGUUUAUUGAGAUUUAAUGGGAAUAAUGUGUCUUAUGCAUCUCUUUUUUUUUAUUUUUCAUUGCUUCCUGGCUUGGUUUCAUCAUCACGUUACAGUGAGGGAAGUAACUUGACUCCUGCUCAUCACUACCCGGACUUCCGCUUCAAGACAUACGCUCCGCUGGCUUUCCGCUACUUCAGAGAUCUGUUUGGCAUCAAACCCGACGACUAUCUGUACUCGCUCGUAAACGAGCCUCUGAUUGAGCUGGCCAACCCGGGCGCCAGCGGCUCGCUCUUCUACCUGACCAGCGACGACGAGUUCAUCAUCAAAACGGUUCAGCACAAAGAGGCCAAGUUUCUGCAGAGGCUGCUGCCUGGGUACUACAUGAACCUGAACCAGAACCCGCGCACGCUGCUGCCCAAGUUUUACGGCUUGUACUGCAUCCAGACGGGGGGCUUCAACAUCCGACUGGUGGUGAUGAACAACGUGCUUCCUCGCUCGGUCAAGAUGCACUACAAGUACGACCUGAAGGGAUCCACCUACAAGAGGCGAGCGUCCAGGAAGGAGAGGGAGAAAGCCCGUCCGACGUACAAAGACCUGGACUUUCAGGACAUGCAUGAGGAGGGGCUUUACUUUGACACAGAGACGUACAACAACCUGAUGAAGACCCUGCAGAGGGAUUGUCGGGUAGGUAGUGAACAAUCGUCUCUAUCUGAGAGGUCAAGAACAGAGGAGACGUCACACCAUGCGAGAGAGCAGUUGAUGUAAAACAGGGUUUUACUAAUUUGAACAAAGACAAACUGAUGAAGGAGUUUUUAAGCUUUAGACUUUGAUAUUAUUAGGUUUAAAGACAAUUGGUGCAUUUCACAUUUCCUCAUUGUAAACAUUUGUCUUCCUGCUGUUUGCUGAAGUUGGUUUUGGUUCAGUUUGCCUCGUUCGCUAUGUGACAGCUGCUACGUAGCUUAAAAGAUCACAAGCAGUGAUUAAAACUGCACUUACCAAAGAUUAGCUAGUAGCAAUAACAUUUUCUUUCCAAAUUGCUCCUCUGUUUUAAUUUAAAAGUAGCA